GGUGACUGUGAAUUAUGUUUUUUGUUUCUCUGUUGUUCGUAAUGAUUUAUAUUUUGCUAUAGUCUAUUGUUUGACAUUUUGCUCAGAAGGGUACAUUUUAAUUUUUGUAAGCAGAAUGGCAAUUCAUUAUCUUUUGUGUAACAUCUAGAUUCAGCAACAGCUCUCUGUCUGUCUUUAAAACUACGCAACGGAUUUGAUGAUAAUGUAUGUGGUUUCUGAGGAAGUUGAAGGAUUUUUUUUACAAUAAUGCGGCAGCCUUAUGGAAUCUAGCUUGGGCCAAACGAACGCGGAUUCAUGUCAUGCGCUGAUUUCAUAAGCUAUGCUACCAGACACACGUGAGGGCGAGCGCGGGGGCGAGCGGCGACGCGGCGCGGGCGCAGCGGUGUCGCGCGGCAUGCGGCGCCGCCCGCUGCUGUCGUUGCUGCUGCUAGCGUUGCUGCGCGCGCAACACUCUCUCGCCGCGUCCGGAGAAGCUGAUUACACGCUGGAUGAUUCAUUUUGGAAUGAGGAGAGCCCAGUCGGUGAAGUGGAGCGUCUGCUGCGCGAAUACAGGCAGAACCAAGAGCUGGUGCGCAACAUCGGCGCGCACUACUACCAGAUCAUAUACCCUGUGCAACUCAGACACCACGAGAAGAUGGGCAUCUCCACCAGGGAGGUCAACACACCGAAGGGUCGAGGCUAUGGUUCUGACUACCAACAGGGCACAAGAUCAAGAGCAAGGACCGGCAAACAUUUUCACCGUACAUCACUCCUCAUCAAAGCUUUCAACCACAAGUUUAGAUUGGACCUCGAGCUUAAUACACAACUGCUAGCACCUAAUCUCAAACAAACGCAGUACCUGGCCAACGGCGCUGAAAGUGACAUUAGAACUGAAAUCGAGCACUGCUACUAUCAUGGCACCGUGAAAGACUAUCCCGGCGCGUCUGCCGCCUUCCAUACGUGCAACGGUGUCUCCGGCGUCAUCCACAUCGGCAAUGAGACUUUCGUCAUACACCCCUUUUACGGCGGCGAUUUAUCGCAGAAACACCCACAUGUGAUCUUCGAGGCGCGUACGAAGGCCAACAAGGGCUGCGCCAACAAGCUGGAGUACAGACCGAAGAGCAGGAGAACGAAACAUGUCGCCUUCGUCGAGUCAACCCUAUCUGAUCAGCCUGGCGCGGACCACAACCACGACCAUUCGGAGAACGACCAUCGUUGGUGGCACAACAACGAUUUGGCCCUGAGCAGGAUGACACGUGACGUCAGAGAAACCACGAAGUACAUCGAGACAGCGCUCGUCAUAGACAAGGCUAUGUUCGACAGAAGGAACGGUAGCACCAGAGCUGAGGUCGUCCACGAUGCUAUACAAGUCGCUAAUAUCGCAGAUCUGUACUUUCGCACGCUGAACACCCGUGUUUCCCUGGUAUACAUCGAGUCGUGGCAGAGUGCAGAUCAGGCGGACAUAGACAAGAAGCAGGACAUCACCAGAGCGAUCCUCAAGUUUAGCGAUUAUACAGCCAGAAAGCUGUUUAAGGUCGAGAAAGACACUACUCAGCUGCUUACUGGUAUAAUGUUCCCGGGAGGAGAGUCCGGUAUAUCGGUGCCAGACACGCUGUGCACUCCUAAAUCCGUAGGUAUAUCUGUUGACACCAACACGUAUGAACCCCACCUACUGGCUGGCACCAUGGCACACAUGAUUGGACAUAAUAUCGGAAUGGGCCACGACGACGGUCGAGAGCAGUGCUUCUGCCGCGACUGGCACGGGUGUAUUAUGGCGCAGUCGAUUGUAGGGUCAGACAAUGUACAACCCUACAAAUUCUCCGACUGCUCCAAGAACGACUACAUCAACGAGCUCAGGAUCGGACAGGGCUUGUGCUUGCUCAACAAGCCUAACGAGUUGGUGAUCCACCACCAAUGCGGAAACGGGCGUUUGGACGAAGGCGAGGAGUGCGACUGCGGGACCAUCGCUGAUUGCCAGAACUUGAACCCCUGCUGUGACCCCUUCACGUGUCGACUGACGAAAGAGGCCCAGUGUGCUUCGGGUGAAUGCUGUGAGAGGUGUCAGUUAAAACCCCGCGGGGUGACUUGCCGUGACGCGACGAACGAAUGCGACCUUGAAGAAACCUGCACCGGUCUCUCUGGGACCUGCCCUCCUGACGCACAUCGGAAGAACGGAGAAGCGUGUGACGAUGGCAAGGGUUACUGCUUCUCGGGUCAAUGCCCGACGCUGAACCUACAGUGCGAGAGGAUCUGGGGACCAGGAUCUGACGGCGCUGAUAAGGAAUGCUUCGAGCAGUUCAACUCCAAGGGAGCCGUGACGGGACAUUGUGGAAAAGACAAUAAUGGGCAUUACAUGAAAUGCGAAAUUGAGAACGUACGUUGCGGUUCACUCCAGUGCCAGCAAGGGAACAGGUAUCCCGUGGUGCAGGGCCUGGACGAAUAUUACACCAGAACGGUUAUCGUGGUCAAAGGCAAUGAAUUCGAGUGCAAGGCAACAACCGGUCUUCCGAAGCCCUCGGAGAUCGGGCCGCACGGUCUGGUCCGGGACGGCACGCCGUGCGGCGACAACCUGGUCUGCGUCAACCAAACCUGUACCUCCAUCUUCCCGUACAUCGACCACACCAAGUGCCCCACAGACCAUAACAACAAUGAGUGCUCUUCUAAAGGGUUAUGCUCAAACCUGAACAAAUGUGUGUGCAACCGUGGCUGGACAGGUCCAGACUGCUCGCACCCGGACGCCCUGCCCCCGUCCCCCACCCCGUACGUCCCGGACAAUUCCACCAAGGCCGCAUACAACAUGACCAAGAAGGAAACACCGUAUGAGAACUACCACGGAUCGAACACGGUGUUCCUCGUCGGGGUGCUCAUGUCUGUGGUAGGGGGGGUAUUCAUAGUAUUUGCCCUGAGCGCUCUCUGCUACAGGUCAGUCGUAGUACACAAAAACCUCUUCCUGUGCCUAAGGAGAAGGAGUACAUUGCCAAAGUACGAUCCUCCAUAUGCGAAGAAGCCUAUUGCGAAGAGCUUUGCAGCUGGUUCAACGACCUCCAACAACUCCCAAGAGGACAUCUCCCUGGACGGCGGGAAGAUGCACUCCUUCAACAAUACAGUCAGCCGUGGAGAUUCAAGAGUCUUCUUCAGACACGGAAACCACAUGACUGGGGCUGGCAACACCAGUAGAUAUCCAGAUCACAACAAGAUGAAGAGAGUUCACUCUGGUAGUGAAGAUGAACCCACACAUUCAGGAGAAGAAGACAUAGCCUUCAUCGACGUAGCUCCCAACUCGAUGUCGAAGCUUCCUGAGAAGGGGAUCCUGAAGAAACACGGUUAUGGUGCUGUAGACGGGAAGGACAAGUGGGCUGAUGACUCGCAGUCGGAGCAGCUGGAAGCUGGGUCUCAGUCUGAUGGACAGGAGCCGGCAGGGGCUGUAGCUGAUAUGGAAUAUAAGUUUAAGGAUUUGAACGGCUACCACGAGAACAUAAUCGUGGCGCUAAAGACGGCGGCUGCUCAGCGCGCGGCCGGCGGGGCCCCGCGCGGCUCCGGGGACCUGCGGGCCCUGCAGGACUACGAGUACAAGCGCGAAAGGGCCCCGAGUGCGGAGAAGCUGCACGAGGAGCUGCGGAGGCAGAGGGACGAGGAGGACGAUGAGCCGCCGCCGUGCGGCUCAAUACGUAUCAGGAACCUAGAGGACCUGAUCAGGCAGCUGGAGCAUCACUCGAGCAGACACAUGAGCCCGUCGGGCUCCGAGGACAUCCGCAUGUCAGAGACGGAGGCCGACCGCCACUACAGGAUCGAACCGGGAGAAGUGCCACCUAGGUGCCGCGGCCGGAUUGGCGGAGAGGAAGACUCCCGGUUCGGGUACCCUCGCUUCCGCGGCAGCGGGCGGCACCACGGGCCGCUGUUCCCGUCCGCGCCCGCGCCUGGCGUCCCGCACGUACCGCACGUCCCACACGUCCCGCACGUCCCGCACGCCCCGCACGUCCCGCACGCGCGCCCCGCGCCCGACGACGACGCAUUGUAUGAAACGGCCGAUGCGGAACGGUUGCGGGACGCACCUGAUAGCGAGAGUGAUGAAUUUAUUCAAGCUCAACAACAGUUAGCCCGGUGGGCGAGUGAAGACGCGGUGCCGGCGGCGGCGCGGCGCGAGUUGUUCCCGUCGCCGCCCGCCGCCCCGCCCUCCGCGCCGCCCGCCGCCUUCCCCGAGUACAACCACUGACACGCGCCCAGCAUACUCCCUAAGCGAGAUGCGUCUAAAUAAUUCGUCAAGUUUUUUUUAAUAGCUACAACACGUCCCACUGCUGCGAAAAUCAUUUUCUGUCAUAAUUCUUUUUUUUUUUACAUGCGUUUACAUACAAUAGGUUUUAUAUUAAAUUAUAUAACAUCAAGCACACAAAAUUGGUCAUAUGUAUAAAUAAAUACAGUAUAAAAAAUUAAGACUACAAAGUUCUUCUUUUCGAGUGUGUUAUGAUUCGAGUGUGUGCGUGUGUGUGUGUUUUCGAGGUUUACUUACCUUAAAAUCUGACACCAGUUUUAGCAAUUAACACACUCGAAAAGAGGAUCUUACCAAUGUAAAUCUAACGAACAAAUGUCAUUCCUAAAUAGAUUCCCGUCGCGAUUCCCGCUGUAAUCUUACACUAACACAAUUCUACAUACGUUUCGCGGUUUUUGUGAAAGUUCGCGACGCGAGUCUAUUUUGGGCUUCAAAUACUGUGAAAUUGCCAAAUUCAAAUCAUAAUAUUCAAAUUCGAAUCAUAGAUAUAGAUUGUGUAAUAUUCGUCAAAAAUGUAUGUCCAUAUAUAUGUCCAUCGGAUUCUUGAUUAAAUAUAUUUUGUUUACUUAUACUUAUUUUUUGGUACUUUGUUACAUCGGAAGGAAUUGAUAUUGAGCAAUUAUUUUAUAUAUAUUUAUUUAUUUAUUAUCAUAGUUCAUUUAUUUAUUUAUUUUAUUUUAUUUAUAACACACUAGCAGCUUAUUAAGCUGAUGCGUGCGUGUCUUGAAGUUUUGAGAUGUUAUCCAAUCUGUUCUUAAAACUUUAUAAAUUAACUUCGUAAAUUUUUUUAACUGUAUUUUUUGGCAGUUGUAAGACAUAUACUCUCUCAAAAAUCAUGUUCUUGUCAGACUAAUUUUAAUACUUCAAUAUAUAAAACACACUUUUCAACAUUUGUACAUUGAAAAUGGAAUGUAGUAUUAAAUAAUAUGAAAAUUCAAUUAUCAUGACAAGGCCUGCGUGCUACUUGACGCAUCUCCUUAGAUAUAGUGACAACACAAUUGUGUUAUUCGCGGACUGCGCUUGAAAAUAAUUGGCGUCUACAGAUCCCGAAACCACAGAUGCUUAGCAGUGCCUCGAAAUCUUUUAAUGGCUGCGAUGUUACGGAUGUACGAAAGGACUAUAACGAGUUACUGUACGAAAGAUUAAGUACUCGGGGUAUAUAUGACCCUAGCCUCUAGAUUCGAUGUAUCGACCUCUGUUUGCACUGUUAGGUUAAUCACUUAACGACUAGUUUUACCGUUAGUAAGACACAAUAAACUUCUCACGCGUAGCUAAAUUAAAAUAGUGAAUUGGAUGGAGGCACGGCCGCCGCCGCUGCUUGUGAAUAGUUAAUGUUAGUAAUUUUGUAAAUAUAAAUAUGCACUAUUAAAAAUAAAUAUGACUGAACUUAUAGUAUCUCGAACGUUUAGAGUAACAUGUUGAGUGUAAGCCGAAUGGUGGUGUGACCCGCGCGCCGCCAGGGGGAGCCACACGUUGAUAUGUUGAUAUUAUAUUUGUUCCAUUAAAUCAAUGCGCUUUAUACUUAUACUCUUAUUUGGGUCUCCUCGCGGUAGUGCGCCGGUAUGUGUCUAAAGUAAUUCUAAGACUAAUCGUUUAUGGACUAGUGAUAAGGUUGUGCGGUGCCGAGGUCCUGUGGACGUCGAGUUCGGUUUAGUUUGACCUCCGACAGACGAAGCUCAAGUAGCUUGCAAAUUAGAUAGGCGAUUAACAAAUUGAGCUAUAAUAAUCGUAAGCGAAGCUUUAAUGUAACAAGUCUUAGUUUGGGUUAUUUCGAUGCCCGUGGACGAGCUCGACGUCGCUUUGGUCUUAUUCUAUGAUACCAUUCAUUUGGUGAUGAUUCAGUUUUAAUGCUUAUUUUCCAUAUGUUCACGAUUCACGCGGCCUGCAGGCCUCGAAGUAGGGCGUCAACGUAACCGUCCCCGGAGAGAAUCAAUCGCUUUCAUUCUUUAUCACCUCUCCGACAAACGCCCAACUUCAAUGUAACACUUCUCGCGUCUAGGGUAAUGACGAACACCAAAGUGUACAAUUUUAUUACUAGGUUUUGUAUCGAAAUGAUUGCGUUACCCAUUGCAGUACCGACUUCAGAGAUCUCGUAUCACCGUGCACAAUAAUUUCGUAUAUAAUAGCUACAUAAAUAACGUACACAUAUUCUAAAACAUUAAUGUGAAUAAAAGUUAUUUCGAUUCAUCAGAAUGUCUAUUGUAUUAUUGUAUUGACUUUAAACGAAUUUACGCUGAUUAAACGAUGUGGAAAGAUGUGUGUUAUAAAAUGUAAAAUGUUAUAGUUUCUUGUUUAAUUUUAUUGUGACAAUUUAGGAAGUUAUCGUUUCAUUCGCGUUUACGCUAGGUUAGGUGGCGCGGCCACGGAUGUAACGUAGGUACUCGUAACUUACAGUUAAAUGUAUUUAAUAAAUAAUGAAAUAAGCCUCGUAUCGGCUGCUAUCACUCUGGUACGAUGUACACUGGCGCUGUGAGGCCCCGCGCCCUGUUUCAAAUAAUUACUCUCAUAGAUUAUACGUUGUAACUUAAGUAAGUCUAAAAUAAAUAGAUACUAUGACACGUACAGGGUAGAUGUGAUUGCAAUACUCUGUAGCUGGGGCGACGCUCAGCGAGGCCAAAUAUGGGUGAAAGUGUUUCGGAUCUAGCUGACAAAAUCCUAACUCACGGUCACCCUAUUUCGCGUAACCUCGCGCCGUGCGUAUAUCAGCCGACCGCGCAAUCAAGAUGUCGGACAUAACUACACGAUUUUGGAGUUCGUUUCUUAGAAAAUAUAUAAAACAGACAUUGAUAAAUAAAAUCAAUUGUUAUCGUGUAGAUGUGUACGACUUCCACGUAUCGAUGUCAGUAAACGCGUUGAUUGUAUAUAGCGCUGUGUUUGAGAGUAAUUCCUAUGCACACUGUGUAGACAAGACCAUGUAUUUAUAUAGUUGUGUAAAUGUGUUUUAUAAUGUACUGAUGUGUGGUAAAAGUGGUUCACUCAUGAUGUCUUCUGAUAUUUCACUCCUUAAUUGAUUCUAAUGACGUUCCAGCACUAUUAUAUGUAUUAAAGUGAACUGAAAAAUAGUCAACUUAUAAGUUCACCAUAUUGUGACUUCGAUGGGUGACUACAACUGUAAAUAAAAUAUGCAAUGUAUAAGGGUAAUAAUGUUUCCUUGGACAAAGGAUAUCGUUAAGAUACUUGUGACUUGUCAUGUGUGAACUGCGUACGAUUGCGCGUUCGAGCGAGCGUCGUCAUACAGCGGCGUCGUGUGCGUUUUUUCUAGCGACGAUACUGCACUUUGGACUUUAUUUAAUACAAAGAAAUCAUAUUUAGUCAUCCGCUGCCGUGUAAACCCCAUUUAAUAAUGAAAGGCCUAAGAAAAGAUGCAAAUAAAUACAUAAUUCCGUACACUCUGUGCUUUAAUACAACGAGAGUGUAGCGCAUUGAAUCUCGUAGCAUCGUGGCAGACUACGACACACGUAGCGCAACGGUAUUUACUACGACUCUGAAGUGAAUCAUACGCGCAUGCGAAUGCAUACGUUUGUAGUGUACAAAAGUUAACGCUCAAUAAUCGUAGGUGUAAAUCUGGAUUAGAUUCUGGAUCCAGACACGCACCCCUAAAUCACACACAUUGCAAUCAAUAAUAUUCCAAAUUCUACGCAUAACAAUUAUUGAAUUAAAAUGAUUACAAAUUUAAACCAUGUGUCCGAAGUGUAUGUUUGAGACAAAGGAUUUGCCUUGCGUCAAGUCGCAUAUGUGUGAGCGAAACAACGCACUCUGCGCACAGAUAGUUGUACGCGUAGGCCUAACACGUCAAUUGCGAGGCGCCGAACACCGCCAUUGCUCACGGCAGGGCGAUUCUUUAUGAGGACGUCCGUAAAAACAAAAUGGCUGACAACACUGCCAAAAACGAGAUAAAAAGUGUCGAUGUUCUUUGAGAGAAAAUAGUAUUGAUACGAGUUUAUCGUACAUUUCGCAUUUAGUAGUUUUGUUUACCUGCAGACCUGUCAUUAAAAUUUAAUUUUAUAGCUACUGCAGUACAUUAUCAAAUUAUAAAACUUUAAAAGUGUAAUAAUGUGACGUUCUGUUGAUUUUAUUUUAAUUUUUAAAAGUCCCAGUAAGAUGUGGAGACAUUGCUCAAAAUUUUACUAAUUUACGAACAUUCUCAUAACGUACCAGCUCUGCUGAACUACUGAUUUAGAAAUGUUAAAUUAAGUGAUAUUAUGUAAUAUAAAAAUACGAAUUUUAAACGAAAAACGUUGACACGUUGUAAUUUUCCGUUUAUUUGUCCUUGUAAAUAUAUUUGCUAUAUGAUUUACUAAAUGAAUGUAACAUAUUAUUAAUGAAAAAAAAUAGAUGAAAGAAAUUUUA